GAAGCUCGAAGGAUGGAUAGAGACUUCCGUUAUUAUUUCCAGCAUCCCUGGUCACGCCUAAUUGUGGCUUACUUGGUGAUCUUCUUUAACUUCCUAAUAUUUGCGGAGGACCCAGUUUCUCAUAGCCAAACAGAAGCCAAUGUCCUUGUUGUUGGAAACUGUUUUUCAUUUGUAACAAAUAAAUACCCUAGAGGAGUUGGCUGGAGGCUUCUGAAAGUGCUUCUAUGGCUACUUGCCAUUCUCAUAGGACUAAUAGCUGGCAAAUUCCUGUUCCAUCAGAGUUUGUUUGGUCGCCUACUCCGGCUAAAGAUGUUUCGAGAGGAUCAUGGGUCAUGGAUGACAAUGUUCUUCAGUACAAUUCUCUUUCUCUUCAUUUUUUCUCACAUCUACAACACGGUUCUUCUAAUGGAUGGGAGCAUGGGAGCAUAUAUCAUUACAGACUACAUGGGCAUCCGAAAUGAAAGUUUCAUGAAAUUAGCAGCAGUAGGGACCUGGAUGGGAGACUUUGUCACAGCUUGGAUGGUAACAGAUAUGAUGCUGCAGGACAAACCUUAUCCUGAUUGGGGAAAAUCUGCAAGAGCUUUCUGGAAGAAAGGAAAUGUUAGGAUCAUUUUAUUCUGGACGGUUCUCUUUACUCUGACUUCCGUAGUAGUUCUUGUCAUCACGACUGACUGGAUCAGCUGGGACAAGCUGAAUCGGGGAUUUUUGCCCAGUGAUGAAGUUUCCAGAGCGUUCCUGGCUUCUUUCAUCUUGGUCUUUGACCUUCUUAUUGUGAUGCAAGACUGGGAAUUCCCCCAUUUCAUGGGCGACGUCGAUGUCAAUCUCCCGGGGCUGCACACGCCUCACAUGCAGUUCAAGAUCCCUUUCUUCCAGAAGAUCUUCAAGGAGGAGUAUCGCAUUCACAUCACCGGCAAAUGGUUUAAUUAUGGAAUCAUCUUUCUCGUCUUGAUUUUGGAUCUUAAUAUGUGGAAGAACCAGAUAUUUUAUAAACCUCAUGAAUAUGGGCAGUAUAUCGGCCCAGGACAGAAGAUUUACACAGUGAAAGACUCAGAAAGUCUAAAAGAUUUGAACAGAACCAAGCUGUCAUGGGAAUGGAGGUCUAAUCACACUAACCCUCAGACUAAUAAAACGUAUGUUGAGGGAGACAUGUUCUUACACAGCAGGUACAUAGGAGCUAGCCUUGACGUCAAGUGCUUGGCCUUUGUUCCAAGUUUGAUCGCUUUUGUGUGGUUUGGAUUCUUCAUCUGGUUCUUUGGACGUUUUUUGAAAAAUGAGCAGGGCAUGGAGAACCAAGAUAAAACUUACACUCGCAUGAAAAGAAAAUCCCCAUCGGAACAAAGCAAGGACAUGGGCAUCACGAGAGAAGACACCCAGGUCUCAGUGGAGGACCCAUUGAAUGACCCGCCUUUGGUUUGCAUCAGAUCCGACUUCAACGAGAUCGUCUACAAGUCUUCCCACCUGACAUCAGAAAACCUGAGUUCCCACUUGAAUGAAUCUCCCAGUGCAGCAGAGGCGGAUCUAGAGCCGACAACUUCUCAAAGUCCACGAACGAACUAGAUUCACUUACGUGGGGAUAGCACAAAAACAACUUGAGUGUAACUUUAAGAAGGUAGUUUUUCCUUUUGUACAUGUAAGGUUUACGUAGUAGUAGGUAAAGAAAUAUAAAGAACAAGGCCACAACGGUGCUCAACACGCUUUUUCUAGAACUCAUCCUUUUCUAUUUGUAUUAUAAUACACGUGCCUACUGUAUAUCUCACUGUCCUCUAGAGAUCGCUUUUCACAACCGCACAAGCUAUUGACUGACUUUACAGCAUUGUAGAAGAUUAGGUGAUUUCCUGUGUAUUUGAUGUUCAACCAUAGUGGUGCCUUGAGACACUAAACCGUUUUUAACUGUACCAGAAAUGAACGGUGAGAUGGUUCAAUAACCUACUUCUCUUGGGUGUUUUCCCAUUUCAUGUUGUUUUGUUUUGGAAUACAACUAUUUGUAUCAACACUGGAUAAUAUCUGAGCAGGAAGCAGAGAAGUCCAAGCUGUGGCUCUGGAAGAAGCUCAUCGAGCUGGUGACUUUGACAGCUGGACCAGAUAAGAGCCUGGGCAUUCCCUUGCAGUGGCUCUCGGCUAUCUGCCAAGUACUGAUACAGAUGCAAAAUCCAGUCAGAGGAGAGCAGUAAUCCAGCCUGGGUCACUACUUGUGAAAUGUGACUUUCUCCAACCAGUAAUUGCAAUUAGAUGAUAAUACCUAAUUAUGUUUUCCUAAUUAAAGAUAAAUUGCUACUUGAUUAAAAAUCCUACCCUUCACCUUUGGGAACAAAAGUUAAGAGGCACAAUUGGGUGAACUCUCAAAUUUAUUGACAUUUACACAAAGCCCUACAAAGAACAAGGACCUGGAGCUUUAAUCAUGUGGAGGUUGUGCCACCCCACCAUCUACAAUGUGUGUACAUCUUUCUGUAAAUACGGCUCUGGAUGGUGGAAAUAGUCAACCCCGAGCACAUGAACUUCACUGAAAAUCACGCAGUGGCAUCUUGUGAGGUAGCAAAGGACGUGCAUGGGAGAACCUGUUUAGUGGCUUGUGUGUACAUUUUGUCUUUUGUUGUUGUUAUUGUUGCGUUUAAGAAUUAAGUAUCGAACAUUAAUAAAUAAGAACCAUUCAUCAAUGA